UGCCGGUAGCCACCCCGUCCAUCCUUCUUCUUUGUCAAGGAAUGGAGCAAGGACAAGGCUGAUGGUAACGAAACGUCCACGGUGUUUCAGUUUCCAAUGAACUUCUCCAAACUGAUGCGCUCUUCGCCACCACCGCCACCGAUGGAACCUCCACCACCACAUGCAGAACGCGCUUCCCUUACGUCUGCAGCCCCUGUUGUACCUAUAGGCACUUCUACCUUGAUGCUCCAAGAGAUCACGAGUUUAGCAUUGCACGAUCAACCACCCAGUCCAUCUAGACGAACGUCCUCGUCUCCGGUGCUGCGACGCGUUGCGUCGGAUAUGACCGCCUUCAACUCGGCUCCCAGUGCUUCGACGCCCAAGGCAACAAACCGCGCAUCCAUCCAAGUCGUGACGCCACCGUCAGAGCCCGUCGCUCGUCGACUCACCCGCACUCCAUCCAUCUCGGUGCCAAAUUUAGAUCGGACCCAAUUCGGCAAAGAUAGCGAACUCGUGCUGCUCAUCGACCAGCUCAAAGCCGACUUGGCGAGGUCUCAGCAAGAGGUGACUAAGCUGCAAAAAAAGCUCAUGGAUCGAGCUCAAGGCGUCGAUGAAGAAAAAGUGGCAGUGGAACACACUCGGUACUUGGAAGAAAAGGUACGCCACUUGGAGGCUGAAAACGUCCGACUCAAGCAACACGCUCAACGCCACCAACUCCACGACGCCGACAAACGUCGCCUCGUGGAGCUGGAAUCCGCCAUGCACGACGCCAAGCGCGCCGAAGUGCGCGCGCUGGAGCUCGUGGUCGCCACCAUCGGCAAGGACCGACUGGACGCCCUGUUAAACAAUCCGGCGCUCGCGGACUUGACGCUCGAAGACCGGCUCGCGGCAGCCUCCAGUACAUCCGCCUCUCGCUCCAAAGGGUCCAAGCACUACAAGACACCGUCGUCAUCGGUUGGCAACUCGUCGGACAGGGGGGGUCGGUCGACUUCUGCGUCGCAUUUGAACGACGUCGAUGCGCUCGACGCUCGGUCCAAACAGCUCGACGUGCUGUGGAAGCAGCAUUGCAGAGAUAUGCAAGUCACGUCGACAUUCGAUCGGUCGUUGAGGCGAUAACCAACCACCUCGACAGCUUCAUGACAAGGCUAACUACUGUAACGUUAGUAUGGAUCGUCUAGCUAUAUAGCUAACACCGCUAACCAAGCGACGGAUCUCCAGGAGCUACUACUACUACCUACUAGUUAUAGCCACAAGCUAGCCCAAUCUUUAAACCAUUCGAGAACGCCAUAAAAGUUUAACAAAAUAUGUUGUUUGGAUAUACG